GCACGCCGGCGCCAGCAGAUUCUGGUUUGCGUUUACAUUUGAAGGGGAAAAAGAUGCACAUAUACACGAUGACCUCAAGGAUAUUGCGAAAGUCCCACAAUAUUCUCCCGGGCAAUCAACACUCGCUCGGGCACAUUUGAUCCUCCACGCGGAAGUCAGAUUUUGGCUUGCGUGGACGACAUUCUUGUGGCAUCACGAAAUGAACAGGACGGUGAAAAAGACACAUUGGCUCUGUUGCGACACCUUGCCAAGACAAAAAAAGUGAACAAAGCUAAAUUCGAAUUUUGCGUGACAGAAGUGAAAUAUUGAGGAGGUCAUAUGUUGACGGCAAGCGGUCGUCACGUGGACGCAAUGAGAAAAGAAGCCAUCUUGUCGGCUCCACAACCUGAAACAAAACGACAUGAUGAUGUCUUUGUUGGCGCUGUGCAAUCAGCGUUGCAUCAUUUCAUUUAUGAAACACCAACGACAAAAAUUCAAUGGAAAGAGGAAGGAGAACGAGAACCUCGAACCUUGGCGGGAACAGCAGUGUGGGCGUUACCAAAUGAUGGAGAACCAUUUGAACCGACAGUUGGUUGUCGAAACGGCCACACGGCCUCAGUUUUGUCGCAAAAACAUGGAGCGACGCAAAUAAUGAAGCAAGCACAAAUAAUGACGCGAUCAUAUUUGGUGUAGACAAUAAAUCCAUCCUCCCGAAAGGCUUGUUUAAGUGGGCAGGAAUUAUGAGUCAUGGGCCUUGCCAUGUCUCCACAGGAGGGACGGCGCAGAUGGCGCAACGACACUUUGCUACAUGCGGAUUCCAUCAUUUCUCCAAAACCUUUUGUCCAGCAUUUGUGGCUUGCGCGAAACAUAAUUCACGAGGCAAGUCAGGCCCAAGAGACGGCGAGUUCCACAAGCGCAGUAUCCUUUUCAAGCGGUGCGUAUGGAUUUGAUGGAAUUAACGACAAGGAAGUGACAGUCUCAUCGAAUGCCAGAUGAAUCGCCACCCCUGCGGGACGGCCGAGCUCCCAUCGAACCCGGAGACCGGGACCCGAUCCAAGCCGUCGAACGAAAGUGUCGGUCCGGUCCGGUCCGGUCCACGGCGGGAAGGUCCGUUCCGAGUUUUUUAAAAAACCAAUUCAGGCCCCGAAACCAAUUUGACUGCGCAACACGAACUUUGGUAGACACGCCAAUCACGAGUAGACCCACAAAAAAGCGACAGUGAGUCAACCACGUUGGUUUGGCGCAGACAUUUUUAGGUGAUUUUGGACAUUAUCUGCGCUCCUUUAAAGACGGACUCCUUUUAGAGCAGAGGUGUCAAACUCGAGGCCCGGGGGCCAGAUGCGGCCCGCCACAUCCUUUUAUGUGGCCCGCGAAAGCAAAUCGUGCUCGUCAACUUCCGUGAUAAGAAGCCCAGUCCACAAGGUAAGAGUUUUGACUGAAUUUCUCGGUUGUGAUGAAGGUUUAGUAGGCCCUUCCAACUGGCAGAAAAGUAUAUUGAUACCAACAACUAAGUGAUACAGAAUGUUACUACCAGGUAAAAGCGCUGGCGUGUAAUGGGAGGAUUCUCUGGAACAGCAGAUUGUGGUUCAAACCUGACUGACUGGUUCCCGGGCCGUGAUGAACGGCUGACUGCUUGCCAGGCCUGUUGCGCUUCGCAGGUAUUUAAAGAUCACACACCAUCGCCUCCUCCGUAGUCUUAGACCAGCGUCCUGCAGAGAGACCACGACGGCGCGCAAAGAUGAGCUUCAAUGGCAGCAACUCGGUGUUCAAGAGCGUGGACGUGCACGCGAAGCGCAACAACAGCGAGCAUCACAACGGCGAGCUUCCCGAAGAUCAGCUGACCGUGCGCAGAGGACAGGCCUUCAAGGUCACCUUGAACUUGGCCAAGGCCUUCAAGCACGGCCACGAUUCCCUCGUCCUCAUCGCCUCCACUGGGGGAGAACACGCUUCCGAGGAGAAGGGCACCUCGUGUCGCUUCGGCAUCCCGGACGCGGUCAACCGCCGGGCGUCCGCCAAAGCCCCGUGGCAGGCCGAGCUGGACGCCGGCUCGUCUCCCAGCCGGCCGGUGCUGCUCAUCACGGCCCCUGCGGACGCCCCCGUCGGCAGGUACACCUUGAAGGCCAGCCUGUGGGGAGAGGACAAGAUUGUCGCCACGCUCGUGCUGCUCUUCAACCCCUGGUUCUCCGGAGACUCGGUGUUCUUGCCAAACGAGCAGGAGAGACGAGAGUAUGUGCUGAACGAACAAGGAGUCAUCUACCAAGGAAGUUCCGAUUACAUUGCACCUCUCAGCUGGGACUUUGGACACUUUGAAGACGACAUGGUAGAUAUUUGCCUCCUGAUCCUGGACAAGAGUCUGAAGUACCGAGAGGACCCCAGCAGCGAUCUGGCUUCCCGCAGCGACCCGGUCUACGUGGGCCGCGUGGUCAGCGCCAUGAUCAACAGCCAGGACGAUGGCGGUGUCGUGAUGGGCAACUGGUCGGAUUUCUAUGACGACGGCAUGUCGCCCUUGCACUGGAGCGGUAGCCACGCCAUCCUGUCCAAGUGGAAGAAGAGCAACUGCCUGUCGGUCAAGUAUGGACAAUGCUGGGUGUUUGCCGGCGUCAUGUGUUCAGUGAUGCGUUUGCUGGGCAUUCCCACCCGCGUGAUCACCAACUUCGUGUCGGCCCACGACACAGACGGCAGCCUGACCAUCGAUGUCUACCACGCCGAGACGGAGGCCAACCACAAAGAGUCCAUGGACAGUAUCUGGAACUAUCACGUGUGGGUCGAGUCAUGGAUGAAGCGUCCCGACCUGAAGGCCGACGGCAAAUAUGACGGCUGGCAGGUUUUGGAUGCCACGCCGCAGGAACCCAGCAAGGGCUUGUACCGCUGCGGCCCCGCCUCUUUGGUGGCCAUCUUGAACGGCGAGACCGACCUCGAGUACGACGUCCCGUUCGUCUUCGCUGAGGUCAACGCCGAUUGCAUCGACUGGCUGAUUAAAGAUGACGGCACUGAGGUCGUCCUUAACUCGGACACCAAGCGAGUUGGUAAGCGCAUCUCCACCAAGGCAGUGGGUGAGGACAGGUGGCUCAACAUCACCGGGUCCUACAAACACAAGGAGGGCUCGGAGAUGGAGCGCAACGUGUUCAAGUACGCCAUCAGUGACGACAAAGAGGAUAACGACGACGACUCUGCGGGCGGCGUGCCCGACACCUGGCGCCCGCCGGCCCCCCCGCCGCAGCUCACCAUGCGCUUCGAUGAGGUGUCGGUACCGGAGUACGGCAAGGACGUGCAACUGAGGCUGGUGCUGAGCAGCGAGAGCCGCGUGGAAAGGAAGCUCGGCAUCCGCGUCAACGUGGAAGGGAUGAGGUACAACGGCACCUUUGUCGUCACCAUCCAGUCCGAAGUCAAGGAGGAGACGCUGCAGCCUUUGAGAGAGCUGUCCGUGCCCAUCGUGAUCCCCGUGCGUACGUACUACAGUCACAUGCACCGAGCGGACAGCUUGAAGGUGUCGGCCCUGGUGACGGACAAGAAGCAUCCCGACGAAAUGUACCUCGCCGAGGACGACGUGGUGCUGCGCGACCCCCCCGUCAUCGUCACCGUUUCCAGUUACAUCCGACAGCACCAGUGGGCGUCGGGAGAGGUGGUCUUCAUGAACCCCAUCCAGGAGACCCUGACGGGCAUGACGCUGACCCUGUCGGGAAGCGGCCUCUUGCGGGACGAGUUGGAGUACAGACUUCCCGACUUGUCUCCCAACAGCCGCAUCCGCGUCAAGUUUGAGUUUCUCCCGUACAGAACGGGACUGAAGACGCUGGUGGCCGACAUCCACGCGACCGUUUUUAAAGAUUUCAAGGGUAGAUGCGCAGUCAAUGUCAGACUGUGAAUUGUGCUCUUGUUUUUUCUUGAAAUAUCUGCUACAAAAAAGUACUUUUUGAACCAACGGGUGCUUAAUUUUUUAUUUAUUUUUUUCCAAACAUGAGCAGAACAUUUUCCUGCUUUAGGCUCGCUGCCGUUUUGACAUUUCGUGUUUUUGAACACUCCACGCUAGGCUUGUUGGCUUGUUAAAAAUAUUUGUAUGACUUCACCACAAGAGGGUAGCAGUGAGCCAGUUAACCAUUGAGCAGGUAAUUGAAAUGAGUGCGACGUCGGUAGCUUGGUGCAAUAUGAGCACGACAAAAAAAAAAAAAAAAAAAAGUCCGUAGUUUUACUUUACUUUUACUGUCGUACUUUUUUGCUGUCAAGCAUGUUUUACGCCUGUACCGUAAAUAAAGCAUUGACGAUGGCCACAAUGA